AUGGCAGCCUUACGUAUGAAGUCGUGGUUCCCGACCACCGCGUCACCUUUGAUAAUUAGCGCUCCAAUGGGCGGAGUUACCAAUAUAAAGCUAGCAGCUGAGGUGACAAAAGCUGGAGGUUUAGGUUUCAUCCAAGCUGGUCGGGACUUCAACCCGGACUCCCCCGCGCUAAAGAAACUCGACGACCAACUCACCCAAGCGUGGCAACUCCUCGACCUUGAGGCAUCUAAGAAUGAUAAUAGCCACCUACCUAUCGGCGUGGGGGUUCUCACAUUCAUGCCAUCCGCACGAUAUUUUGGUGAGACAGUUGUGCCAAUCUUGAAGCGGCACAGACCAGCUGCGAUAUGGCUAUUUGCGCCCUCGCCUGAAGCACCGGGGACUCACUCGACUAUCGUAAAGGAACUAAGGUCUCGAGGAAGUCCAUGGAACCCUAAGAUUGUGGUCCAGGUCGGGACUGUGGCGGCUGCUCGAGAGGCGGUCGCUUACGGAGCUGACAUAAUCGUCGCGCAGGGCGUCGACGCCGGCGGUCACCAGUGGGCGAGCGGUGCUGGUAUCGUGAGCAUAGUUCCUGAAGUCAUAGAUGUGUUGCGCGACGAGUUUCCCGACAAGGAGAUCCCGGUUUGGGCUGCCGGUGGUAUCGCCGAUGGUAGAGGGGUUGCGGCAGCAUUGGCAUUAGGUGCGGAGGGAGCUGUACUUGGUACAAGGUACAUGGUAGCACCUGAGUCUGAUGCGCAAGACUAUAAGAGAAAGGCGAUCAUAGCCACGUCAGAUGGAGGCUCCAAUACGGUGAAAAUCAAGUAUGCUAACAUAUUGCGCUUCUCCGCGCCGUCAAGGUCGCAAGUCCACGACCACAUCACAGGCGAGAUAAACUGGCCCGAGAUCUAUGACGGCCGCGCCAUCGUUACCCCAACGUAUCACGACCACGUCGCCGGGGUACCUCUAGACGAGAACGCGAAGCGGCUCAACGCUGCAAAAGACAGCGGUGACGUGUCUAGGCUGGUCACUUGGUCCGGAACGGGAGUCGGUUUGAUUAAGAAAGAGCAGCCGGCUGCGGAGAUCACGAAAGAGGUGAGGGAGGAGGCACUGAAGGCGAUUACUAGCUUAAAGUCGUUCCUUUAA